GAAACACUUCACAGUAGUAGGUCGAUGUACGGGAAGACAGAAGCGUUUUAACGUUUGGUAUAAAAUAAAAAUUGAAUCGUUUUUCAUGUACAGUACAAGUGAGAAUUCGAGAACGCGACAAAAAGAUGAAGAACCGGCGUGCCGCACGAGAAGAAGCCGCGGAUGAUGGCGGCCACUUCGGUUUCCUGCGGAAUUUCCUGUCUACCGAGACGCGCUAUGCUGAGGCUAGGAGAAAGGCCCGGCGCGUGCCUCGACCAGAUUCUGCGCGUAUGCGUUAUAACGCCUCGACGGAACCGAUAGCGCUUGGUCAGGACGAGAUUCUUCGUUCCGCAUCGCAAUUCCCAGGUUCUGACCGCCAUCAAAUGACGAAUCUGUGGGAGCUUGAUGCCGGUCGACCGCCUUUCAUGCGUGGCGGUCCAACAAUACCAGCGUCCGCGUCGAGUGCUCCGGUUAGUGUUGUACUACAUCAGCAGAGCCGGCCUGUGAAACCAGAUAACUAUGCGAUAGGCGCAUCCUCGUCCGGGGAAGAGCCAACUACUGAUGUCGAAUUUCUGGAGAGUAGGACCGAAAGCAACGACCACGCAGCUCAAGGACUCGAAAUAGAGAGUGCGUCGAGCGCGGAACAACGCGGCGAAGAAAACGACGAGCAAGAACUAGAAGAGGAAGGACGCGAAGGUCGUGCCACAGAUGAACCCCUUGACCAUGCAGGAACGACGCCUGCCGCGGCAGGGCAGCGCCGCAUGAUUGUAGAGGGCCUCGAAGACGUAUCCGACGAUCGUGACGGCUUUAAGAUCGCGAAUCAGGACACCGCCAACACCAGUGCUAACGGUUCAGGUUCGGAACAACUCAACAGAGAAGAAGUUGGUAGAAGUACAAGCAGUCGUUCAGAAUCAGAAGGAAACUCGUCAUCAGCACAAAGAAGCGCAAACAGAAGAGUGGAAAGAGGAAAGUUGAAUGUGGACGUCCCGCGAAGCGUCUCAAAUUUCUGGACCGAGCCGCAUAUUUCGCCACGCAGUAUGCAGCACUCGUUGCGGCGGAGGGAACGGGGCGUCGGACUGAUCGGCGGCCACAGAAAUUUAGACGGUGUCCUCCAGCCUGCAACAGUGUCUACAAUAUCCAGUGGUUCCCCGAAGUCGUACUCCGCGGACGAGACCACUCAAAAUCGUGCACUACUCCAUUAUCUGCAAACUAUGGAGGAUUCAAAGCGACACUCCUUCCUGACCGAAUUUGCACAGCGCGCACAGCUCUCAUCUCCAGUAGACGAGGAAGACGCAACUGCCGGACAGGCGGGACUCCUCGUGGCGGAAGAUGGCACUUCAAAGAACAUCAGGGCCACCGGAAGGACGGCGUCCGGGACUUCGUCGAGUUCGACGAAGCCGACGAGAAACAACACCAGCAAGGCCGCUGUAGACUCCUUCACGACCGUGGCCCCACAGCAGGAGGCGUUACCCGCAGGCGUCUCUUCAACCUUCGAGCAUAACCAAGUCAGAACACUAGGAAGCAAUAAAAUGCGAUCUACGUCAGCAGAAGACGACUCCAAGGAUGAGUUCGGAAGUGUGGGCUCGCCUGCUGAACUCCUUAUCGGCGAGCCGGAUCCUAUCGUUAAGGGGUCAGUGAUUUAUUCCAGCCGUAACAUCCGUGGCCUUGUAAGUAAGUACUUGUUUCAAGAAAGAAUCAGGUCAAGGAUGGGCAGAUUUCUAGUUCUCUUACUACUCUCUUCUAUUUCUACUUCUACCACAACUCUAUUUCGAACUCGUUUUUCUAGCACCUGCCUCAAGUCUGAACCUUAAACUUUUGGGAGUGAAUGUUUUGGUGACUACCUCUAAUAUUGGCGGCCGAAUCGUCCGCGUCCUUACAGGCGCAAGAGGAAAAAAGCACUACCGCACUCAGUGGCUCACGCAAUAUCACUGUUUUUUGUUUGCCGUCUUCAUUUCGCUACUCAGUGCUGUUCUUUUUGUUGUCACUUUGUAUUUAUCCUCAAAAGGGUCAGGCCGGUGAUGACUGUUGAAUCGACAGUUAGGUGCUCACUCUUGAAAUUAUAAAGAAAUUUGAAAAUAUGUCUUUGUGACGCUUUGACUUGGCGACAUUCAGUCUUUGAUAGUGCAAGCAUGGGUUGAUGCUUCUGCUGCCGCAUUACUUUGUCCAACUGCAU